AACCUAAUCACCUACCCUGGAUGCAUGACUCAGCUCUAUUUUGUCAUCAUUUUUGGCACAGCAGAGAGCUACACAUUAGCUGCAAUGGCAUAUGACCGCUAUGUUGCCAUCUGUAACCCCUUGGUUUACAAUAUAGCCAUGUCCUCUCAGAUUUACUGUUCUCUGAUUUCAGGGGUAUAUAUUUUUGCGAUGUUCUGUGCAUCAGUAAACAUGGGCUUUAUGUUGAGGAUCCAGUUCUGCAAAUCAGAUGUAAUCAACCACUAUUUCUGUGAUUUCCUUCCCCUCUUGAAACUUGCAUGCUCUAAUACAUAUGUCAGUGAAAUGUUGAUUCUGGUUUUUGGUACACUGAAUAUCUUUGUCCCAAUGCUGACCAUUAUUACUUCCUACACGUCCAUUAUUUCCAGCAUCCUCCGCAUUCGCUCUAGGGAGAGCAGGUCGAAAGCCUUUAGUACUUGCAGUUCCCACAUCUCUGCUGUUGCUAUCUUCUAUGGUUCUACAGCAUUUGUGUACUUACAGCCAUCACGAGUGAGUUCAAUGGACCAAGGGAAAGUGUCCUCUGUGUUUUAUACUACUGUUGUGCCCAUGCUGAACCCCUUGAUCUACAGCCUGGGGAAUAAGGAUGUCAGUGUUGCACUGAAGAAAAUACUUGAAAGAAAAAAAUUCAUGUAA